AUGACUUUGUACAGUGAAGGCAAUGAUGCAAGUGAUUUUCAAGUAAAACAGACUUCUAAACGGUUAGAACUACUGAAUAAGAAUACUUCUUCAGAUAGGAAUGACGUUUGCGUGAUCCAAGUGCCAUAUAAAUUGAAUGUUCAAGUCACAACAACUGAUAGUGCUUCAGUACAUUUAGCAAAAUUGGAAGGACCAGAAUUUGUUGUAAAAACCCAAAAAGGAAAUGUGAACAUUGCAGAUUUAAAAGCCGAUAAUAUUAAAGUGGAAUGUACAGAAGGUGAUAUAGAAACAGGUGGUAGGCUUCAGGCCUCAAAUAUUGAAUUGAAAACCAGUCUAAACUCAGGGAUCAAAUGUCACAACAUUAUGGCCAAUUCUUUUAUAGUAACAACACAUGCUGGUCCAAUUGCUGUUAAGUCAUGUUACGGUGAUAAAUCACACUUCACUACCCUUAUGGGUAAUAUUCGUUUGGACCACUUGCACAGAUCAGUAAUAAUAGAUGUGAUUAAACAGGGCAAUCUGUAUAUUACUGGUUUUUGUGGAAACUUACAAGCAUCUUUGAAAAGUGGGGAUGUGUUUAUGCAUGCAUCACAAUUGACAGAUAAAAGCAGUAUUUUCAUACAUGAAAAGGGUAAGGUUGAGUUGCUUAUGCCUGAUAUUAUUAAUAAUUUGCCAGCCACCAAUUUAAUAGCUGAGAAAAUAACAGUUGAUGACAAGAUCUUGAAGCUGGGAAGGUUUAUGGAUGACUCACAUCCAAAACGAUUUAGGUUUGAAAGAGAUUCUCACAGUGAAUUGCAUAUAGUAUGUAACAAUGGUACCAUUGAAUUGAAAGAGACAAAUUUACCAUUUAUUGUAUAA